AUGUUUCUUUGUACAUCUAGAUUUAAUAUAGAAGAGCAGAAAACUAAGAUUUUAAAAGAAUUCUUCUCUCAAAAUAAAAUAAAGAUUACUAAAGAAAAAAAAAAUAGAAAACUUGAUUUAAUUAAGAUUCUUUUGAUUAGUAAUACAGAAGAGAAUGAUCAUAAGGUUGACUAUAAGGAUUUAAUUAAAUUAAUUUCAAAUACUAAUAAACAGAAUAGAGAGCUUGAACUAAGUUUUCUACAGACUAUAACACAAAUUAGGAUAUCAGAACGAAAGCAGAAAAGCAGAGAGGAUAAUCUAUUUGAGUAUUAUUAG